GUCAAAAUAUACAAUAAAAACUAAAUGAAAUAAUAAUAAUAAUAAUAAUAAUAAUAAUAAUAAUAAUAAUAAUAAUGUCUAUUAAAUCUGCUCAGCUGCAGUUCAGUGCAGCAGAAAAUAAAUGUUUUUGAUGAUGAUGAUGAUGAUGUCACAGGCUUGUUGUCCUCCUCUUCCUCGCUGUAAUUAGUCGGAGCUGCAGCUGAGAGCGGCGCCCCCUGGGAGAUGCCGCCCUGAGCUCAGCCGCUGUGACUCAACACUGAUCUUCAGAGCAGAACCUUCAGCAGCGGCGCCGACCGGUCCGGCCCGGUUCUGCAGCUUCAUUAGAACCCGUAAACAGAAACUCGGCGCUCCACAGGGAGGAAACCGCCCAGGGAAACAAAGAGCUGCACUGGCGCCAACAGACAGAACCAGAACCAGAACCGGCAGACAGUCUGAGACGAUGGACGGGGAACAAAGCUCCGGUGCGCGGGACAUCCUGAGGGGACGCUGCCAAGGAGCUCAGAGGACCGGCAGCAACAUGAUCCGGAUCUUCAUCAGCUCCAGCUUCACAGACAUGAGCGUUGAGAGGAAGGUUCUGCUAGAGAAAGCGUUUCCGGAGGUCCGGUCGUUCUGCCGCAGUCUGGGUCUGGUCUUUGAGGUGGUGGAUCUGAGCUGGGGGAUCCGGACCUUCCCGUAUGGAGACCAUGAGGUCAGUGAGAUCUUCCUGCAGGAGAUCCAGACGAGUCAGAAGGUUUCUGCUGGACCGGCCUUCGUGGGCCUGCUGGGGAACCGGUACGGUCACCGACCUCUUCCUCAUCUCAUCCCAGAAAAGCAGUUUGAGGUUCUUCUGUCCAAGCUGUCCAAGAACCCAGAAGCUGUUCAGCAGCUGCAAGAGUGGUUUCGGAAGGACAACAACUCUGUGCCACCCACCUACGUUCUCCAGCCAAUCACUGCACGAUUCCCACACUACAAUGACCUCCGACCUGAGGUGGCAAAGCUCCAUGACGAUGACCUUCUGUCCUGGCACGUCACGGAGAGUCAGCUGCUGCAACUGCUACGGUCUGCGGCCGCUGAGGCUGAGACGGCUGGAGACAUCACGGCCGAGCAGAAGCGGCUCUUCUACUCAUCAGGUGAGACGUGUCCUCCGGCAUGGACAUGUCCCAAAGCUUGUCCUUUUGGUCCAGGAGGACUAACGUUUCCUGCUUCUCAUUCAGUCACAGAACGGGCGCUAGAGGAGGGCGUCUGGAAAGACAACUGCCAAAUGUCCGCCUUGCUCUUCGUCCGGGAGAUUCCUCGGCAAAGGAUGAAGAACGGAGCCAAACGUCUGGCCAAGUUCAUGGACCUCACUGCGGACGGGCUGCUGGACGCUGAAGCUCAGGAGUUGCUCACCGGCCUGAAGUCACGUCUGUACGCCACGUCCAAGAAGAUCCUCAACCUACACUGUGUGGAGCUGAACAGAGGAAGCAUCGACCCAAAACGAAAGGAACAUGCCGAGUACCUGGACAGCAUCUGCCAGCAGUUCAUCUCCCAGAUGACGACCCGAAUCAGCGAGGCGGUCAAACUGGCGGGAGAGGACAGGAGGAAGAUCUGGGGAAGCACAGAGGAGGAUGAGGAGGAGUUUGACUGGGUGGUCGAAGAGGCGAGGCAGCACACCAUCAUGGCUGCCGAGUUGAGCAAGAGUCUCCAGGGCAGAGAUGGGCUUCUGGGGAAGAUCUGCCUCGCCAUGUGGGAGUCCAGCCCAGUCCACCACAGUCCGCUGGUGGUUCAUGGUGCUGCUGGGAUGGGGAAAACCAUUCUGCUGUGCAAACUGGCACAGGAGAUGCAGGGUGUCCUGGAGGCCAAGGCGGUGCUGGUAAUUAGGCUGCUGGCUGCCAAUCAUCCUCAGAGACCAAGCAUCAACCAUAUCCUCCACAGCGUCUGCCUCCAGGUGUGUCUGGCGUGUGGCCUGGCUCCGCAUCCCCUGUUGUCAGUCAGCUCUCACCUGGAGCUGCAGCGGCUCUUCCAGAACCUGCUGGAGGAGGUUUCUCAGCAGGGGAACACUCUGCUCCUCAUCCUGGACUCCCUGGAGCAGCUGGCAGACCAACAUCAGGCUCACCAGUUGCGUUGGCUGCCCACAGACGUGCCUCCAAAUGUCCACCUGCUGGUCUCCAUGGAAACCACUAGCGAGCUGUUCGCCAGCACGCGGCUGAGGCUGGGCGCUGCAGGAAACCUCUUUGAGGUGGAGCGUCUGUCUCGUGAUGAAGGGCAGCAGAUCAUGGAGUCCCAUCUGCAGGCGGCUCAGCGAACUUUGACCCGGGAGCAGAAGGACGCGGUGCUGCAGAGUUUCCACGCCUCCGGCUCUCCUCUCCACCUUCAGCUCAUCCUGUCUGCUGCCAAGCACUGGACAUCCUUCACACCAACAACGCAGCUGCUGCUGGGUUCCAGCUCAGAGGAAGUGAUGUCACAGCUCCUCCUGAAGCUUGAGGAGAAACAUGGGAAGGAGCUGGUGGGCGGGGCCUUGGGAUGCAUCGUGUUGGCAAGGAGGGGCCUGAUGGAGGCGGAACUGCGUGAUGUCAUGUCAUUGGACGAUGAUGUCAUCAGUGAGGUAUACAGGUAUUCCCUGCCUCCGACACCUUCGUUAAUCCGGAUGCCACCCAUCCUGUGGGCGCGGCUCAAGCAGGACCUGCAGGACCAGCUGGAGGUCCAGUGGACUGACAGAGUUGCCAUGCUGGCCUUCAGCAGCCGGCUUCUCUCAGAGGUAGUCAAAGCCCGCUAUCUGACGCCAGAGCGACAGGGGUGGAUCCAUAGGAUCCUGGCGGAGUAUUUCCUGGGUCGUUGGUCCGGAAGACUGAAGCCAGUGGCUCUUCCGGGUCUGACGCUGCUGCUGUCCGACCGGAAGGUCCCGCCCCAGCCGCUGUGGUUUGCUCCUGGAUUGGCGAACGUCCGGAAGCUCCAAGAGUUGCCGUAUCACUUGCUGCAUGCCGGUCUGUGGGAGGAGCUACGGCAGGAAGUAGUAGGUACGAUAAUGACUGAACUGAGCGUGCUCAGAUCAACCAAAGCUCCAGCACAGAAGGGAGCCAGCAUGUUUUUAUCUGGAGGUUCCUCAGACAGUCCUUGUCCAGUUCCACCAGUGGAUCCAGUGUCUCCUGGUUCUGUGUGUGCAGGCAGCGCUGAGUGGCUCUACUGUCAGAGCCGGGUUUGUGGGGUGUCCAGCCUGAUCAGCGACCUGGAUCAGUGCUCCCAGUACAUGGACUGCAGUGAAACUGGACUGGUCCGUGAGGCUCUGGUCCUGAUGAAGCCCGGCCUGGACAUCCUGUCAGGCCACAUGGACCGGUCUGUGUUUUACUCCGAGCUGCUGGCCCGACUCUCCUCCCUGGCCUCCACCUUCCGCACCGUGAUUGGUCGGCUCUGCAGCCAGUGUGACGAUUGGCUCCAAACGUGUCCGGAGCCGGUUCUGAUCCCGAGGAGCACCUUCCUGCAGCAGCCAGGGGGGGCGCUGCAGCACACGCUGACUGCACCCCAUGGAGGCGUGCUCUGCUUGGCCGUGGGCGCGGCGCUGCGGCUGCUGGUCACCGGGUCGGCCGGCGGCGUGGUGGCGGUCUGGAGCCUCCGGGACAAACAUCUCCAGCAGGUUCUGCAGGGACCGUCAGCGGCCAUCUUGUCGGUAAAGAUCAUUGAAAGCUCCGCCCACUGCCUCUCAUUGGCUGCAGACGGCUCCCUGAGGAGGUGGAGCUUAAAGAGCGGCCAGCAGCUGUUCUGCAUCCAGGAGGCGGGGCCUGCUGGCUCCGCCCCUUCCGCGACUCGCCUGCAGGUGUCGGAACAGCUUCUGUUUGUCCACACCUGGAUGCAGGUGAAGGUCUGGAAGUCGGACGGAACCGAGAUCCACAGCGAGGACGACUCGUUGGUUUUGGGGGUUCUGGGAGAUGUUGUGGUUUCUCUGCACGACUUGGACCGGGUCAGAAUCUUUGACCCGGUCACUGGGAGCCAGACGACGGUGCGGCUGACCCGGAGCCUGACUCCAGUGAUUUCUGUGAGCUCUCCUAAACGUGGGUCAAUAUUUGUGGUGUCGGAAGACGGGAUCCUGCAUCAGAUCUCCAGGACAGGACAGCAAACCGUCGCAGAGUUUCCUCGGCUUCCGUCUCUUUUCUCAGCUUCGGAGGACGAGAAGAUCCUGAUAGCAGGAUGGGAGCGGACUCUGAGCCUGUUCCGCAUCUGCGGCGACUCUGUGGACGGAUUCCUGGAGUUGCAGCACGACGAUGAGGUUUUAUCGGCCUGCGUGUCGCCGGACAGCCGACGCGUCGUCACUGGAGCGGCGGAUCAGCUGAUCCGAAUCUGGUCGGUGACCACCGGCCGCCUGCUGGACACUCUGAGCGGCUGCAGCGCUCCGGUCACCUCCCUGCUGCUCUACGACCACUUGGUGGUCUCGGCCUCCUCGGCGGCGGAUUCGGUCCAGCUGUGGAGUUUGACCUACGACCCCAGCCACAAGCCCCUCCCCCACAUCCCGGCAGGCUCCGCCCACUCAGCUGUCACCAGAGACGGAGAUCAGGUGUUCUACGUGCGCCACCAGAACCAGAGGGAAGUGCUGAGCUGGAACAACCGCACAGGUCAGAGCGGCUCCCUGAACGGAGCCCAAGCAGAACUACGGAUCCAGUUCUCCUCUGACCCGACCCGUUUCUGCCCAGGUUUCGUGUCGGAGCGCCUGCCAGUGUCUGCGGAGGUCAGCUGCCUGGAGCUGGCGCAGCAGAAGCGCCUCCUGCUGUGCGGCCUGCGUAGCGGCACCGUGCUGAUCUACCCGCUGGCGUGGCCCCAGGAGACGCUGUGCAUCCCACCCCCAGAGGACCUGGCCCCGGUGCUCUGCCUGGCCCUCAGCUCCCAGGAGAGCCUGCUGGCCGUCGCCCACUGGGACGCGCUGCGCCUGUUCCAGGUCGCCACCAGAGACGGUUUCCCUGCCGUGGAGGGGCCCCUGGCGACGGCCCCGCUCUCGCCAGGGGCCCCUCCAUCCCACAUGGCGCUGCUGCCCGACCGCCGGCUGCUGUACGGGACGGCCGGCGGCGAAGUGAAGCUGCACGACUUCGGCGUCGGCGUCAGCGCCGACCUGCAGCCUCACAGCUCGGGGGUCACCUGUGUCACUGCAAGCAACUGGGGGACGCACGCCCUGGUGGGCUCCCAGGACGCCACGCUGCGGCUGUGGGCCCUGGACCCGGUGGCCCUGGACCACACCAUGGAGUACCAGGGCCUUUUCUUCCAGGGCGUCCUCUGCGCCGCCUUCGCUGACAGCGACCGCUUCGUCUUCACUGGGUCUCAGGACCGAACCAUCAAGGUCUGGGACGUCGCUUCAGGGAAGCUGCUGUGCGUCCAGUUCGUCUACUCGCCGGUCGUCCGCAUGCUGACCUUCAGGAACGGCUUCGUGGGCCUGACCCUGCAGGGCCGCGUCGUCCAGGAGGCCUUCAGGUGUCCGGACCGGGUCGAGCCGGACCACAACCCUCUGAGGAACAUCAAGGCCCGGUACCGGGUCACCUCCAGAGAGAAGGGCGGGGCCGGCCAGCGGACCUGCAGCUCCGACCUGCAGGACUUCAACCCGGCCCAGUUCAGCCUGAACCUAGUGAGCAUGCUCAGUAGCAGGCCGUCCUCCGCCUGCGUCCUGCUGUAGGACAUGCUGCUACUGCCAGAUCUGAAGACUUCUGCUCACCUUCAUCAUGUAAAAAAAUCAGCGUUAGUUUUACUGUGAAAGCUUCUGGUUCGAUGCUUUGCUCUUCACUUCAGAAUCUUCUAGUAAAAUCUUCUGAUGUGUAAAACUAAUUUAUUGGAGUGAAGAACGUUCUGCUGUUCUAAAGGUUCUGCUGGUUUAUCUCCGUUCACAUCAUGAAUAUCUGCUGGAGGUCGGCCUUCAGAGAACAGGAAGUAGUUUAAUGCUAGCUAUAAUGCUAACAGCACUGGUCGCCUGUCGUCUCGUUUUGCUUUAGAUGUUCAAUAGAACAGAAAGCAGCAAAGUUUCUGUGCAGCAAUUCAUUUUAGAAAUUCAUUCUAAAAUGAAUUUACAAAAUAAAAGAUUCUGUUUAUUUUGGAUGUUUUAAGUUUCCAUGUCUGGGUUCCGCUUUGAGCUCAACUUCCUGUUUUAUUUUGGUAAUCCAGUGUGACUGGGUGGCUUUACUUCCUGUUGGUCUGAUCCUCUUUUUCCAACUCCAGUCCUGGAGGCCCUGCAGCGUUUAGAUGAGCGUCUGCUGCAGGACCUGGACAGAAUAAUGAGGUCAUUAAGGUUCUGGUGAGGAUCAGAACCACUUCAGAACCUUAAUGUUCUGGUGAUCCACACCAGGAGGAGGUGAUGAAGCCGUUUCAUUCCAGGGUUUCGUACCUGAGGCUCAUUUAAAACCUGCAGGACAGCGACUGGAGGCCUGGAGUAACCAGAACAUCAUUUCUGGUCAAUCAAAGGAAAACAUUUUAUAGUUCCUCCUCUGUCCUUUAACUAGGCCAUCGCUGUCAGGAAAGAAACAUCUUAACGCGACUCUGUGUCUCCAAACUUUGUGUUAAUUGGACCAAAACUGUAAAGUCCAAACAGGUUUGAGGAAAAACAUAUUUCAAAAAUACACUUAUUUGUACAAUAUAUGAAUUAAAAUAAUAAAGUAAACAGUUUGUAAGAAAUGGAUGCAAAUGAUUGUAGAUGAAAACACAAAUAACCUCGUUAAAAUUAAAAUCUUCAAUAAAUGGAGACGUUGGAGGUAAA